GCUGCUGUCAUUUCGCAGUCUAACCACGAAAAGUGCCAGAGACAACACGCAACGCACCCUCCAUUUGCGGAAUCCUCGAACAAAAGUAGUGAAACUGCUGCGCGAUGGCUUUCGGUGAUUAUCCGGCCGAGUACAACCCGAAGGUCCACGGACCGUACGACCCCGCCCGCUUCUACGGCAAAGCGGAUACCCCCCUUGGACAGGUGAAGUUGAACGAAUUGGGUGCUUGGUUCGGCCGCCGGGACAAGAACCCCAAGGCUGCCGCUGGUGCCGUGAGCCGUGCCUUCUGGAGAUGGCAACACAAGUACUGGCAGCCCAAGCGGAUGGGAAUUGCCCCGUUCUUCCAGGUGAUCGUCGGUGGAAUGGUCUUCUUCUACACCAUCAACUACGGUAAGCUGAAGCACCACAGGAACUACAAGUACCACUAAAAGGCACGGCGCGUUCCGCCUGGAGGAAGCAAGCAGAACCGAUCCACUCUGUGCAUUAUGUAAGCGCGUAGCGAUCCGCGAAGAGUACGAUUGACUGGAUCCGGAGGGUGGUUCUGCUUGUGAAAAGGAUAGUGAUUAGGCAUAAGUUAGCAGGUGGAUGCUGGUCUACAGCGGAAAUCUGGUAAUUUUGUUCGGCGAAAGAAUUAUGUAAUUCGUGAAAAAUAAAAAUGUGAAAAUGUA